GAUGUCGAAGAAUUGUUUCAAGGGUGUGUUGUUUUGAUAGCUUUGUUUUGAUUUACUUGGGACUGUUUAGGCACAAGGUCUGUCGGUACUCAAACUGUUAAGAUGGAACAUUACACUGACUUCGAAAGUGACAGUAAUUUUGCCGAUUUUCUUAAAUUUGAAGACGAUGAAGACAUGGAAGACAUGAGUUCUAUCACCCAGGUAUGUGUCGAUGAAGAUCCUGAAGAAGAGGAAACAACAACACAACGGUGUUCCAAUUCUGGGGUAAAUGUUUCAGAAACUACAGACCAAGAGCAUGUCUCGGUUGACGAUUCUAAUAGCAAGGAAGCAGAACUAGGACAAUCAGACCCAAAGACAAAAUCUCUGAGCGUUGAUUUCGAGAAAACUGGGUACAUUCACCACACAAUAUCUGAAGAUGAAAUACUCAUGCAAAUCAAUCCUGGAAGCAGUCGUAUGCCAACCAAUCCAUCUCAUGCUACAUUAACCAUUGAAAGUCAAAACCCAAAAACUAAGGCCAAGGAGGUCACAAGGUUCAAGUGCACAUUUGCCCAGUGUGCAAGAACAUACAGUACACCUGGUAAUUUAAAGACACAUGAAAAAACUCACAGAGGUGAACUAACAUUUGUUUGUAAUGAAUUGGGUUGUGGUAAAAGAUUCUUGACUUCAUACUCAUUGAAGAUUCAUGUGCGAGUUCACACAAAUGAAAAACCUUAUGAAUGUGAUAAACCUGGAUGUGAGAAGUCUUUUAACACUAUUUAUAGACUGAGAGCCCAUGAGCGUCUUCAUACUGGUGAAACAUUUAAGUGUGGCUCAGAUGGAUGCACAAAAUACUUUACAACUCUCAGUGAUCUUCGAAAGCACAUCAGAACACAUACAGGAGAAAAACCAUUUGUUUGUAAUGAAGAUGGGUGUGGAAAGGCUUUUGCUGCAAGUCAUCAUUUAAAAUCACACAAUCGAAUUCAUACAGGUGACAAACCCUAUGAGUGUACAGAAGAUGGGUGUUGUAAAGCAUUUACUUCCAUCUAUAGCCUGAAGUCACACAAAUCUAGACAUGAACGAGAACUAGAAAAAGACAAAGGUCACCAGCAUAGCACAACUAAAAGUUCAACAGGUAGCUCUUAUGAUAUAGAGAACAAUAAUGCAAAUUUGUCAACUCUACAAAAUGUGAUAGUAUUGAGUCAAGGAAACGUUCAUUCAGAUGUCAAGUGUGAACCAGAUCAGACCACCAAUGGAAUGAGUGUGGAGCAAGUUAUAAAUUCUAUGUACAGUUCUAGAGUUGUGAGUGAAAAUUAUCCUCAAGGUUUAACCCAAGGAGAUGAUGGAGUCUCCACUAGCAUAGUACAAGAACUUAUCCAGCCUGUGAUUCCUCUAGAGCCAUGUUUGAUUGACCAACAAGCAGUUUGUGUGAUGCCAUCUGCUGUUGAUCUGACCAGUGGUACGUUGUCCAUGAUUCCAUCUCUACAGCUUGACCCCAGCAUGAUUCAGCCCACCCAGCUGAUAACCCACCACAUGGCGUCAGAGGCCCAGGGUGGUGUCUCUCAGAAUGUCAGUGUGGGCGGAGCAGUCCAAGCUAAUGAUGGGGUGGACAGCUUGCUGCCCCCGGUCUCCACCUCACUGGCCAACUUCCAGCUGCUGAUGGGAGGCAACAAUUCGAUCAUGCUACAAGGCCAGAACGGCGCCUUGCUCCAGAUCCCCAGCUCUGUCCUCUUGCAGAACCCCGCCGCACUUGCCACGCUGGUGAACUCACUGGGUCAAACUGUUGACAACAUCGCCACCUGCUGCGCUGCGUCAGGUUCCUACGAACCAUCCACUGUCAUCGCGAAUCACUCUCUCAUUUCAUCAAACGGAAAAACGUUACCAACUUUAUCUGGUUUAAAUAUGAUUUCUCAACAACCAGCAUCGGGAACAGAAACAAUGAUACUACCUACCCAUACAAUACAAGCAAUGCACCCUGUACAUCACACUAUUCAAGGAGCCCCUGUGAACUGUAUAUCAGAUUACUCCACCAUCAUUGGCCUAAAUCCCCAAAACACAAACAGUUUACAGUUCAGUAAUUCACAGAACUUAAUUUUGAAUUAUAACAACGACAGUAUUGACCAAAGCGGAGGUGCGUCUUUGUCAUCCCUGACGCUCGUGGAUCCACAGGCCACCUCCGCUUCCCACUCAUCCAAUGAAAUGCUUCACCUGAUAGAUCAUAGCCAAGCAUCGGCCUCUCAAAACACUAUUGAAACACCUACCACAACCCCAGUGAUAUUAAAAUGUCCACCGGUCGCACACACUCACAUCGCCUCAUCCGCUGGGUCGUGUUCGAAAACUUGCUCAACGUCGUGCUCCACCUCAACCUCCCAUUCAGUCCCUCGAUCUGUGCCGGCCAGAAUAAACUUGCCAGAUGAUGGCACCUUGACCUCAGCUAUUCAGAAAGGUAUACCUGUGUCUAUUGUUGCUGGAGCCAACCCUUCCUCCAUUGUUCUCAACCAAGUGUUUGUGCCAGUGUACAGUAACACAGAGAAAGGUCCAGUUAUAGAACUAGUCCCUCUCAAACCUAGCACAUAGCCUUAAGAACUUCCCCCUCUUGUCAAUGUUGUAAUGCUUUCAAUGCUUGAUGUGGAUUUGUACAAAAUGUGUUCUUAACAGUAUGUGUUUUUACAAUAGUCUGUUUUAUUUAUUUUGCGAACAAUGCAGGCAUAGCUGUUUUCUAAAAGCAAGUGGAACAUACAUAAAAUGAAAGAAGAGUGAAUGGAAUAUUAAUGUAAUUUAAUAUUGUUUACUUAUAUAAGUUAUUAAUGAAAAUUGUUUAUGACAGAUAUAUUUAUUUUAUUUCCUUAUUAUUUCAACUCUAGUUCUCUAUUAAUAUCCUUAAGACUGAUCACUUGAGAUAAUUCAUUGCUAUACUUGUAAACUCAAGUUAGUAAGUACAUACAGCUUUUACUCUACCUUCACUACUGCUAAGAUGAAGCUGCUCUUUCUAUUUUCUAUAUCUAUUACAGAUUGAAUAAGUAACCAAGAAAAUAAUCUGUCCCAUAUGUAACUCAGGGAUACAUAAGCCCUUCACUUCAAAUCCAAAGUUAAUGUUUCAUAUAAACUUUUAUUUUAAAUUUAAAAAAAAAUUGCUCUAAAGCUGGUUGUAUUUAAAAAAAAACAACAACUUCCUAUUUUGUUUGGGGUAAUUUAUUUUUUGUUUUUAUUCUAUAAAUGAAUACACAAUUUUGAUACACAAUAGAUACUCACCAUCCUAAUGCAUCAACAAAUUUAGAUGCAAGCAGCUUGUCAAAUCAAUUUCACUUGACUAAAAACCAUUCAUAGCUAUUUGUACUAAUUUAUACCUUCAUUUCUUUUAUUUUUUUAAUAAUCCUGAUAUUGAAUAAAAUGGCUACCAAAUAUGUCACUUAUUACACAAGGAAGUAUUUUUCUAUCUAUCUGCAUGUUUAUCUGAGUCUGACAUAGUAUUUGCUCUUGAAUACUGUUCUAUUUUUAAAAUCAAAAGCAAAGCUGCAAUAAUGUUUACACUAUUUUUAAGUCAUCCACCAUUUUUACAGUCAUUUUUAUAAACAAGGCUUCUCCAUGAAAGAGCAUCACACAGGUAAUCAUCAACUCUAAAAAUGUUAAAAGUAUUAUUAUCAUUGAACAUAUUUUCACCCUAAAUAUUUAAUUUUGUUUACAUGUGGACAACAUAUUUUGUUUGAUCCUACCACUGCCUGUUAAGACCUACGUGUUGAGCAAAUUGAUCAUAAGAUUGAUAUCAUGACUGUAUACACACAUCAUUUUUCAUUAGUGUUAGCCUUGCAUUAGUAUGUUACUAGAAGUGGUGUUAGCAGAUCUAAUCGUUUACAUUUGAUUUGGUUAUUUUUGCAUGUGCCAUAACUAUUUAACAGAGCAAUACUAAAAAUUAAACUGUAACAUCUAUUCCAUUUCUAACAUCAAAUAUUCACUUCUAAUGAGGAUAUUUAUUGAAAAUUCUUUUUAUUGAUCUGUUUGGAUUACAUUAUCAUUGAAACUAUUUAUUCCAUUUAUUUAAAGAAUUUUGUCUUGUAUGCAUUGAAUUUGUAAAAUGUGUUCAUAUACUAUUUUUUUCAUUUAUCCUAUUCCAUGAGAAAUUGAAAAGCCAUAUGAAAUUUCACGGAACAAUUACAUGUACUGUGAGAUAAUAAAAUUUAACUUAAAACUAUUUGUAAGGUUGUUUCGUUUAGUUUAGUAAUUUAAGUUAUAUAUACUGUGAUAAUUUAAUAUGUACACAUUGGGUCAAACCCAGUUAGUGAUUUUCAUUCAACAAGUUUGGUAAAAUUUUGGGUCCAUUUGUUGUGUGACAAUUAAGGUUAACUAUGCAAUGCUUUGUUGGUGUUACAUAAAUUAAACUUACCCCUGUCGUUUAGCAAUAAUCCUGUGGAAUAUGUUUUGUACAAAAAUAAGCUGUGUAAAUGUCAGGAUAACUAUGUACUACUGCAUGCUAUACUCAUUACAAUAAAUUUUAUAUCUGACAAUUGAGUCAUACAUUUUAUAAUGGUUUUAAUUUUUUUUCUUGUUCAACAAUUGUUAAUCCUUGUCAGAAAAAUUGUAACAUUUACUUCAACAAAAAUGGCAUUUCCUUGGGUAAAAGAAUUUGUCGAACAAAUCGAAAUGCUUUCAACUAGAAUAUACAUCAGUUUGUUAACAAAAAUGUUAAUAUUUUUAUAGUUUUAUUCACAUUUUAUACUCUUAACAAAACCUAUCCGAUUAUAGGGUACAAAAUUAUGACUGUAACAAGUAAUAUUCUGUGAGUUUAGAUUUUCUGAUUAUUUUCACAUUAUUGUUUAUAUAUCAGUAAUUCUUCCAUUUAAAAUUGUUCGACAUCUUUCCAAGUGCAAAAUUUACACAGAUAAUUAACACUGAUAGUUGUCUUUUUCAUUGGUGAAGGCUGUAACAAAAAGGUGGCUCGUGGACUUUAGGGAGAAAUUUCUACAUAUUUUUUUUUAUAAUUGUGCUUUGUACAUUGUCAUAGAAUGACAUUAGCAACAUUACUGAUUUUCAAAUGACUAGCUUCAUUAUUUUUAUUUUAGGUAAAAAAAAUAAUUUCUGUAUAUUUGUGCAGAUGGUCAUGUUGAGCAGUAUUACCUGAAGUGUAAAGUCUUGAGAGCAAGUUCUUAUUUAUUGAUACCACAAUAGUAAAAAGCUCAACCAACAAAUCACUUUCCUUUUCUUGCUGAGUUUGUGUGGCUAAGUUUAUUACAGUAGGAAGUUUGUAUAGGGAUAGCAGUUUCUUCUGUAUACAACAGAAUUUACGUGUGUUUGUUUAUUGUAGUGCUGUUUGCAUUGGUAAUUAAUGCUGAAUGUUUUCUGUUUUGUUAUUCAUCCUUGUUAGAGUAGUUCGAUGUUUCACACUUUAAUUGAAGUUAGGUUGCACACAAACACUUCGAUGUUAGUUUGUAAUUAUAGUGUAACAUAUACUAAUAGAAUUGAAGUUAGCUCACACAAAAGCUAAUACAAAUCAAGCACGGUUGGACAGAAUCACUAAUAGUAAUAGAAUUUACCGGAGGUUGGUCACAAAAAUUAAAAAAAGAAUUGACAUUUUCUUGAAGUUUGGAAGAAACAAUUCUAGAAUACAGCAUUGUUUAAUGUAUUAGCAAGAAUGCAAGCUAAUGAUACCUUUUUAAUGAAUUAAUACUACGCUUUUUGAGUAAAGCAGAAUCCAUAGCAUAUUUGAGGUGUUAAUAGUUUUAAUACCUAAUUUUGAGCUUCUGGAUUUUUAUUUUGAACUAGCUAUUUGCUGAGUGAUAUAUUGUUUCCUUUGCAUUAAGUCUGAUUUUAUUUUAUAAAGUAUUCUUAAUUAGAUUGUUAAAAUCUUUUAUGCACUUACGAGAGGAUUUCUAUUUUUGAAAAAAAAAAGCACCAGCAAAAAAAUUGACUUGUUUACAUACAGGUAUCUUUAAGUAAGUACAAUUUUGUACUGCUGGUUGUAUUGUAUUGUUCAAAGGUUUCAGACCAGCUUGUAAGACAUUUAUUCUUUGCUUUAAGAGCUGUUGUGUGUGAAGUAUUUUAAUGUAUAGUAUUAGUAAUGAAAAAAGGUCGCCAGAAUUAAUAUUUUAAUGCUGGUAUGAUUAUGGCUUUUCCAGGAACUAAUCUCAGUUGCUUAAAGUCAAGUUGACUUUCCUUGUUAUUUUUUAAAGUUCAUAAUAUUUUAAUACUGUUACUUUAUUCACAAGACAAUAUAACCAAUUUUAGACCUGGAAGCUACUACAAGCUUUUGAAACCUUUUUCAAUUUAUUUUUUUAACCAGAGAUGGUCACGUGAUACUUUUUCCCUUACAUGUGACUGGGAUGUCCAGGUAUUGGCCAUUGUAGGUAGUGGAAUAGGCAGAUAUUUGUCAAUGUAGUGGGUGGGUGUCAUGUAAAUUUUUUGUAUACUUUAGAUUCCGCCACAGCUUUCAAAACGUACAAUAGUUUUAUUAACAAGAUCACUAUUUAUUUUCAGGGUCCAACCUAAUGUAGUUUAUUAUGCUUAUCCAUUUGAGCUUAUUAACCUAGAAUUAAAGACACUAAUUCCUCACAAUCUACCAAAUUUAUAAUUUUUAUUUGGAGUAGAACAAAGUGAACAUCUAUCUUGAAUAAAAUUUGGGUUUAAAAAAUAUUUGUUUUUAAUUAGAUAAUUUUUUUGGUGAUUGCUUAUGAGCAUAAACUGUAAGACAUGAUGAUUGGUACUGUUUUCUCUUGGCUUGCUAUGGUUGUAUUUGUGUUUAGAUUAGAUCUUGUCACACAGGAACAAUAUUUUUUAAAAGAGUUUAGAAUUUUUUUUGACUAAACAUGCUGCUUUUGUUUUUUCUCUGAUUAUUCAUUAAGUAUUUAACACACAAUGGUGUUCUGAUUAUUCUGUCAUGUGUCACAUUAUUUACUUAGAUAACUUUACAAGUCCCCAAUCAGUGUGUAAUUACGGUGUGUAUUUCAAGUCCUAACCUUGGUGUAUACAUAGAUGAGUGCAUGUUUAUUAAAUAAUUGUAAAAACAUAUUUUUGAACACAUAGUAAUUUUUAAAAAAUUC